AUGGAGACCCUGACUUUGACUGGGUUGUUAAAGAAAUCAGCAAAAGAUUUCCCAAAUCGUCGCGCUUUAUCAGUUUCUGGCAAACUCGAUUUAACUCACGCUGAAUUGCACGAUAUUGUCGAUCAUGCCGCCUCUCUUCUUGUCGCCGCCGGAAUCAAUCCCGGUGAUGUCGUCGCUCUCACCUUCCCUAACACCAUCGAGUUUGUCAUCAUGUUUUUGGCUGUAAUUCGAUGCCGAGCCACAGCUGCGCCGUUAAACCAGGCUUACACAGCCGAGGAGUUCGAGUUUUACCUCUCGGACUCGGAAUCAAAACUGCUAAUCAUGCCACAAGAGUCAAUCCAAUCGGCUCAAGCCGCGGCUUCUAAGCUCAAUAUCCCUCAAGUGACAUCCACGCUUGACUACCAAACCAAAAGGGUAGCUCUCUCAACCGAGUCAGAAUCAGAGGCUGACGCAGUUGACAAACUCGUUAAUGCCUCAACUGACGUGGCACUGUUUUUGCACACUUCUGGCACCACGAGCCGACCCAAAGGCGUGCCUUUGACUCAGCUGAAUUUGGGUUCGUCUGUUUUGAAUAUAAAAUCUGUUUAUAAACUCACCGAGUCUGACUCGACUGUACUCGUGUUGCCGUUAUUUCACGUGCAUGGAUUAUUAGCCGGGUUAUUGAGCUCACUAGUGGCUGGGGCCGCCGUGGCUCUUCCAGCAGCUGGGAGAUUUUCUGCUUCAACGUUUUGGAAAGACAUGGUUUCAUAUAAUGCCACGUGGUACACUGCAGUCCCGACGAUCCAUCAAAUUGUACUUGACCGCCAUGUCAGCAAGCCUGAACCGGCUUAUCCCAAGCUGAGGUUUAUUAGGAGCUGUAGCGCUUCUUUGGCGCCGGUUAUAUUGGACCGGCUAGAGGAGGCGUUUGGUGCCCCGGUAUUGGAGGCAUAUGCAAUGACUGAGGCAGCUCAUUUAAUGGCUUCUAACCCGUUACCCGAAGAUGGCCCACAUAAACCCGGGUCGGUUGGACGACCCAUUGGGCAAGAAAUGGAGAUUUUGAAUGAGAAGGGGGUUGUUCAACCGGUUGGGAUUAGUGGCGAGGUGUGUAUUAGAGGCCCUAAUGUGACCAAGGGUUAUAAGAAUAAUCCUGAGGCCAAUAAGGCUGCUUUUCAAUUCGGGUGGUUCCAUACCGGGGAUGUCGGGUUUUUAGAUGAGGAUGGAUUUUUGCACCUUGUGGGUCGGAUCAAGGAGCUCAUCAACCGUGGAGGGGAGAAGAUAUCGCCACUUGAAGUGGAUGCAGUGCUUUUGUCUCAUCCUGACAUUGCUCAGGCGGUCGCCUUUGGAGUUCCAGAUGAUAAAUAUGGUGAAGAGAUAAAUUGUGCCAUAAUUCCAAGGGAAGGAUUGAACGUUGAUGAAACUGAGGUGCUUAGCUUCAGCAAGAAAAAUCUUGCAACCUUCAAGGUUCCCAAGAAGGUAUUCAUCACCGAUUCACUCCCCAAAACGGCCACAGGAAAGAUUCAGCGUAGGAUUGUAGCAGAGCAUUUUCUUGCCCAAAUCUCUACUGCUAAAGUACCCAAGUUUGGAGCUUAA